AUGGGGCCACCUGAGUCCUCGGUGUGGGAUGAGUUUCUGACUUAGGCAGAAGAGGAGUGAGAAAAGGUGGCAAGGCGGGCUGGAGUAGCACCUACAGCAGAGAACUGGAGGGUAUUUAGUGGGCAAUUUUUAUUAAACCAGUGCUCAUCAAGUGUUGGUCAUGUGUCAGACAGACACAUGUUACAAGGAAAUUGAACCGUGCGUGAGACAGACACCGUGUUUCCCUCGUGGGGUUUCCCAUCUGGUACUGGUAACAGACCUUAAACAACUAAACACAAAUAUAUCACUGUGAGGUAUGCUAUGUGCUUGAAAGAAAAGAACAGGGGGGCUGGAACAAUGGGGCAGUGGAGGGUGUGCCCCUUUAGAUGGGAAGGCCUCGCAGAGGAGGUCCUGUUGAAGCUGGAACUAACCAUGCGCAGAGCGGAGGGGAAGUGUGUUUUUGGCAGAAAGAAUACCUGGCAAACAGGCCGAAAUGGAGCAGUUUGAAAUCCUUGAGGCAGGAUAGAACUGGGCGGGUUGGAGAAAGAGCAAAAGCAGCGUGGCUGACGUGUGGUGUGGUGAGGCACUCGGAAUUUAUUUGCAGCGCAACAGUAAGUCACUGAAAGGUUUAAAGUGAGAGAGUGCUAGGAUCUGAUUUAUGUGUUUAAAAGAUCUGGAGAACCAAUCAGAGGACAGCAAGGAUGGCAACAGGGAAACCAGCCAGGAGGCCACUAAAGAGGUCCAGGUGUGAGAUGGUGAUGGUGGCUUGGCCGAGGGUGGAAGAGGUGGUAAAAAUGUUCAAUUCAGAAGGGGUGAAUGAGAGGGAGAUUUCUGGUUUACGCACCAGGUUGGAUGGAGGUGCUGUGACUUAGAUGAGAAACACUGAAGGGUGGGGCAGAUUAGAGGGAGGCAGAUCAGGAGGUCAGUUUUGGACAUGUUGCUUCUGAAAUGCCUGGGAGACAACCAAGUGGAGGCACCAAGCAGGUAGUUGGGAGCUCAAGGAGGUGUCUGAGCUCAGGAGAGAGAUCUGGCCUCAAGUUUACUCUGCAACCCACUCUGGUCAGUCUUCUAUCCCAUCUCUUCCCCAUAGAUGCCCUUGGAAGGAUCCCAUGAAUCACUAUGACCUCUUGGUUGCCAGACCCAGUGGAUGAUUUUCAGUCUCAUCUUCCUCAGCCUCUGCAGCAUUUGACACAGUUGGCCACACUGUCCUCAAACACAUCCUGUUCCUUCUCUGACACCACUCCUGGUCUUCCCUAUCUCUGUGGCUCCUUUGCCAGCUUCUUGUCUAUACCCAGUUUAAAUCAAUGGUUUCCAAAUUUUAAUUUUAAAAAAAGUAGAACUCAUAGGUAUACAUAUUUUAAUUUCACCUUUUAAAAUUUCUGUUUUUGUGUAUAUUUUAUAAACGUACAUAUCUGUAUAGUAUACUGGGGGGCACAUACUUAAUUUUUCUGACGGUGUGCAUUCAAAAAAGUGCAGACCGUUUAGCUGAGUGAGAUGAUUUCUAGGUAAUUUCAUUUGGCCCCAUAGCUUUAAUUACAGUCUGCAUAUUUCUAAAUCCAGAAUUUCUCUCCGACCCUAGUCCUGGCUAAGUUCCAGAUCCCUGUAGCAGCUGCAGUGUAGUACAGUGUACAGUGGAGACCUGCAGGAGUUAAGUGAUGAUGAGGGAGAGCGGCGUGUUCCAGACCAAGGCAAGAGCUUUGGAGGCAAGAGAGCCCUGUGCCUUCAAGACCAGAAAGAAUUGCUGGUGGCUGGCUUGAAGAUCAUGAGAGGGUCAGUAGUGAAAGAUGAGAACAGACGGGGCCAAAUGGUGGAAUGCCUUGUGCUGACAGGUUGGACCCUUCUGAGGGCAAUGGGGAGCCACUGAAGCAUUUAUAUCCAGGGAGGAGGCAUAUACUUGAGGUGUAUUAGUAGAGGAUCACAAUAUCACUUCAUUUUAAAGAUGAGGGGAGGGACUUCCCUGGUGGUCCAGUGGCUAAGACUCCACGCUCCCAAUGCAGGGGGCCUGGGUUCGAUCCCUGGUCAGGGAACUAGACCCCACAUGUGCAACUGAGAGUUCGCAUGCUGCAGCUAAAGAGCCCACAGGCCACAACUAAAAAAAAGAUCCCACAUGCUGGAAUGAAGGUCCCGCGUGCCGCAACCAAGACCCAGUGCAGCCAAAUAAGUAAAUGAAAAAAAAAAAAAAAAAAGGAAUUCCCUGGCAGUCCAGUGGUUAGGGCUCUGUGAGUUCACUGCUGUGGGCCUGGGUUCAAUCCCUGGUCGGGGAACUAAGAUCCUACGAGCCGCACGGUGCGGCCAAAAUAAAAUAAAAUAGAGUAAAAUAAGGCCUCAGGGGGACCUCCAGAGUGGCCCAGAGUGCCAGUGGCAGAGCCGACACUGGAUCCCCUGGCUCCUACCUCCCAGUCCAGUGCCCUUGCUGCAUUUCCAUCCACCCUUUAUCUCAGGCAGCAUCUGGAGCACAGGGAACCUCCAGCUGGAGGAGACCCUGACAUUUGGCAUGGCCACUGUCCAUGUAAUAUAUCCCUAAUACCUUUGCUUUGAUCCUCCCUGUGGGUCAGACUCUUGGGAAACCAAGAUAAAUAAGGACCACGUGGUAAUUGGUCCCUAUUAUUGCUGCACAUUGUGUCCAGUCUUCUCAACAGUCCUGCAAGUCAGUGGAAAGUGAAGCUAAGAGAGGUGAAGCAACUUCUGUAUCAUACAGCCAGGACCUGGGGAAGCUGUGAUUCAAACUCUCUUCUGUCCAGUUCCCAAGGCUGAGUUUUUUCCUUCUUGUACAUACCAAGAAACUCAGAUUUCAGCAGUGGAGACAGACCCUUUAAAAAAUAAUUUGAUACAAUGUGUUCAGUGUUACAAGUAGAUACUGAGGUGGGCUUGUUUGCCUUAGGGGACUGGUAAGACUUUGGCGCAUUUGCUGGGUUUUCAGCAUGCAUAGUUCACCAAAAAAAGGGACAAGAUUAUACUGGUAACAAGUCAAGAGGAGAACUGGAGUGCCUGGAGCUCAGGAUGGAGUGGGCAAGCAGGAAAUGACAAAGCAGUAAGAGUGAAGGUUCUCCUGGGCCAAGCCUGAGUCAACUUUGACUUCCCUUUUCCUCACAUCCUAUAUUCAAGCCAUCAUUAAGUCCUGUUGGCUCAAAUACAUAACUGGAAACUGACCAUUUCUCACCACAUCCAUUGCUACCACUCUGGCAGCUGGUCCACGCCACCUGCGAAUCUCAUCUAGCUUUCUGAAAGAACUUCCCUCUGCCCUUGCCUACCUACAGCGUACUGCGGACAAAGCAGCCUGAGAGAGAGACAGAGAGAAAUCCUUCUAACACUGUCAUCCUCAGCCUUAGCUGCAAUUUAAAAUCUGCUGGGGAAUUCUCAAAAAGUUCCUAUGUCUGCACCUCACCCCAGAUAUUCUAAUGUAAUUGAUAUGAAGCAGGGCCCAGCUAGAGGUAUUUUUACAGCACCCCAGAUGAUUCGAACUUGUGGCCAGGGUUGAGGACCACUGUUUCAGUAUGUAAAUCUCAUGUCUCUUCUCUGGCCAAACCCUCCAACACUUUCCAUUUCACUCAGAGUAGAAGCCAAUGGUCUAUAGGGCUGUAUGUGAUCUGGCCUCCUGUGACCUCUCUUUCCUCCCCCUCAUUCAUUCCAUUCCAGCCACACUGGCCUUUUGGUUCACUGAACAAACAAGGCACACUUCUACCUCAGAGCCUUUGCCCUUGUUCCCUCUGCCUGAAAAGCUCUUCACCCAGAAGUCUGCAUGGCUUAAUCCUUGACCUCCUUUAGGUCUUUGCUCAGCCAUCACCUUCUAGUCUGCCCCCUAUAAAAUUGCAACUCUUGUCCACCAUUCUCUGUCCUUCUUAUCCUGCUCUAUUUUUCUUUAUAGCACGUGUCACCGUCUGACUUCUGAUGUAUUUUAUGUACAUUGUCUGUCUCUUCCCCACUAAAAUGUAAACCCCAGGAGACUGGGAAUUUUUUUAAACUGCUAAAUACUUCUAUUACCUGUCUGACAUAUAGUAGGGGCUCAUUAAAUCUCUGUUGAAUAACUGAACUUCUGUAUGUCUGUAUGUUUUGGUGGAGGCUGGCGCGUGGUUUGGGCCAGGUAGAAUCUGAGGCACUAAGGGAUACCAGGGGAGAGGUCCAGCAUUUGGGUUUGAAGAUGAUGACUGAAGCUGUAGGACCAGCCCAGAGGAACAUGGACAUAGGGACAAAGGAGCCGCCAAACCUGCUUCUCCCCAUGUUCAUCUUGAUGGGUGAGACCUCCAUCUGCCUGGUCACCAGACAGGCACCUGAGGUCAUCCUGGACUCCUCACCUCCACAUCUCACUUCCCAAACAAGUUCUAUAUUAUUGUCUAAAUAUCUCCAAAAUCUGCCACUUCUGUCUGUCCACACUAUCACAACCAUCCUCUCCCCCAGACUACUGCCAACCCAGCCUGGGGGCCUCUGUUGGUCUCCACCAUGCAGGUUAAAUGGUUUUCCUAAAACAUCUGACCUCCUCACUCUGUCUGAAAAUCUUUCAGUGGGCUCCCCGCUGCCCUGGGGGCCAAAGCGCAGCUCCCACAAGGCCCUCUGUGCACGUGGGCCGGACUCUCUCUGAACUCAUCUCUUGCCGCUCAGCCUAUAGGCCCCCAAGGCGCAGGACUUCCUCACACCUGCGGGCCUGGGCUCAGGACUCAAAGCGAAAGAAGCGAUUCUUGUUGGGAGAAGGCUUUCCUGCGGACCGCGCUGCCUCCUCUGGCCCCCCUGAGCCUCACCUCACGCCCACUCGUUACUGACACUGUCUGGCAGUCUAUCCCCCGUGUGGCUGGGGGCGCCUGAAGGAAGUACUAUAAUUGCAACGGGUCUGUGUGGGUCACUGCUACGUCAGGGAAAGGAGACUGGCAAGGUAGCCCCAGGGAGGCAGAAGGGGAGCCAGGAGUCAGUCCUAGAAGCCAAUGGGUGAGCGUGCAGGGUGUUCCGCUGCGUCAGCGAGGCCCGAACCGCCCUCGGGAGGAGGAGCCUGGGCUCCAGCGCCGCGCAAGCGGCCCUCGUUCCCACCAAGGGGCACUGACCACUCUACGCUCGCAGGCCUGGCGGGAGUCGCAGGGCUAGGGCUCACCCGGCUACCCUCCCAGGCGAGCUUCCUCUCUGGGCUUCUGCAUCCGAGCGGAAAGGGCGGGGACGCCCGCCAAGACGUGGAGCGGGUGGCCUGGAGUCCCCGGCGCCGCAGGAGAGCCGGCAUUCUUCCUGCGCAGGCGCUCUGCUCAGGUUGGGAGGGGCGGGGCCUGGACGGGUCGCGGGGUGGAGUCAGCUCCGGGGCCCGCCUCCACCAGCUCCCGAGAGCAGCCGAGUGCUGGGCACCCGGGCUAUUCUAGGGGCUUCAGACGCGCCGCCCUAGAGACCCUGGGCCGGCGCUGGGCGCAGCUGCCUCUCUGCGUUUGCCUGUCCAUCUUUGUGUCUGUCUUUGUGUCUGUCUGGCUGUCUCCGAGCUUGCCUCCACUUCUAGAACUAAGCCUGCGGGACACCGACAUCCCGCGAACCCUCGCCCCUCUCCCAUGGCAGGCUACUUGCCCCCCAAAGGCUACGCCCCUUCGCCCCCACCUCCCUACCCUGUGACCGCUGGGUACCCGGAGCCGACGCUGCAUCCUGGGCCCGGGCCCGGGCCGGGGCAGGCACCAGUGCCCGCCCACGUGCCUACCCCUGCGCCCGGCUUUGCUCUCUUCCCCUCGCCCGGCCCUGGGGCCCCGGGACCGGCUGCCCCCUUUUUGCCACUGCCAGGGGUGCCUUUUGGUCUCGAAUUCCUGGCGCAGAUUGAUCAGAUCUUGAUUCACCAGAAGGCUGAGCGGGUGGAAACGCUCCUGGGCUGGGAGACCUGUAACCGCUACGAACUGCGCUCGGGAGCCGGACAGCCCCUGGGUCAGGCGGCGGAGGAGAGCAACUGCUGUGCGCGGCUAUGCUGUGGCGCCCACCGGCCCCUGCGUGUCCGCCUGGUGGACCCCGGGGACAGAGAGGUGCUGCGCCUGCUCCGCCCCCUCCACUGUGGCUGCAGCUGCUGUCCCUGUGGCCUCCAGGAGAUGGAAGUACAGGCUCCACCAGGCACCACCAUUGGCCACGUUCUACAGACCUGGCAUCCCUUCCUCCCCAAGUUCUCCAUCCAAGACGCUGACCGCCAGACCGUCCUGCGAGUGGUGGGGCCCUGCUGGACCUGUGGCUGUGGCACAGACACCAACUUUGAGGUGAAGACUCCAGAUGAAUCCCGCAGUGUGGGCCGCAUCAGCAAGCAGUGGGGUGGGCUGCUCCGAGAAGCCCUCACCGAUGCAGAUGACUUCGGCCUGCAGUUCCCACUGGACCUGGACGUGAGGGUGAAGGCUGUGCUGCUGGGAGCCACAUUCCUCAUUGACUACAUGUUCUUCGAGAAGCGAGGAGGCGCUGGGCCCUCUGCCAUCACCAGCUAGAGGCCACCUCGGGGUGAGGAGACCAUCAUCUCAACCAGAAUUCAAGAUGGUCACCCGCCCUGGCCCCCUCCUCAGGGGCAGCCCCUUUCCCUCCGUGUGCACUCAGGGGAGAGACAGGGCUGCCUGAGAGGCUGGGGGCUUGGUGCCCCGUGCCUCCCCUACUCCCCUGGCCUGCUUCACCUGUAGCCCCUACGGAAGGGUAUGUACGAGAGCCCUUCCCCUGCUACUUCCCACCACUGUCUCCAGCGGACCCUCAGCACACGGGCAUAUCGGCUUUCCAACUUUCCCUGCUGACUUCCUCCCAACCCCCUCCAGGGCCUCUGCUCCAGGUGAGGCCUUAGAAUGCAGGGUUUUAUGACAGGGCUGGGGUGGGGAAGGUUAAGCAGCACCAAAGACGGCAGACCCGGUCACCCUCUCCCCGCAUCAGCUUGGCCAAUUAGUUCAGCCUCAGACGAUGGCGCUCUGAGGGGGAUCCCUACCUCCCCCCCUCCCCGAUAGCUAUAGGGCCAGGGCCCCAGUGCCAACUUCCUCUCCCUCAGCUGGUGCUUGCUGCAGCUUCCUGUGCCUUAACCACCCCUUCCUGCCCCUUCCUUAGGAAGGAGGCUGCAUCUUUGUAUGUUAUAUUCAUAUAAACUUUGUAACUUUUUGGA